CCCAGCGCAGCCGCCAUGGGGCCCCGCCGGCCGCCCGAGCUCUACCGGGCCCCGUUCCCGCUCUACGCGCUGCAGAUCCACCCGCGCGGCCUGGCCCUGGCGGCGGGGGGCGGCGGCGCGGCCCGGACCGGCGUCCGCAACGGCCUGCAUUUCCUCCAGCUGGAGCAGAUUGGGGGCCAGCUCAGCGCCUCGCUGCUGCACUCCCACGACACGGAGACCCGGGCCACCAUGAGCAUGGCGCUGGCGGGCGACGUCAUUGCGGCAGGGCAGGACGCCAGCUGCCACAUUCUCCGCUUCCGCCUGCAGGGGCCUGACGAGAAGAGCGGCAGCAGCACCCCCAGCAAGGCAGGCGGUGCGCAGAAGGGCCCCCGCAAGCGGAAGGCCCCCAGCCCCUCUGAAAAGGGCGAGAGUGACACGAGGAGCGAGGCGGGCGAGGUGGCAGUGGAGACGCUGUGCAGCGUGCAGACAGACUUCAGUCCCGACGCGCUGCAGAAGGCCGUGCGUGUCAGCGCCGACCAUUCGCUGCUGGCCACGGGUGGCGCCGACGGCUUCCUCCGAGUCUGGGAGUUCCCCAGCAUGAAGAAGGUGCUGGAGUUCAAAGCCCAUGACGGGGAGAUUGAGGACAUUGCGCUGGGUCCCGAGAACAAGGUGGUGACAGCGGGCCGGGAUUUCCAGUGCUGCGUGUGGCAGAGAGAUCAGCUGGUGCUGCGGCUGCGCUGGGAUGAGAACAUGCCGGGCGUCCCUGACAAGACCUACCGCUACCAGGCCUGCAGGUUUGGGACAGUGCCGGACCAGGCGGAGGCACUACGACUCUACACGGUGCAGGUGCCCCACAAGCGCGGGCGCCGCCCCCCGCCCUGCUACCUCACCAAGUGGGACGGAAAAAGCUUCCUGCCUCUGCUCACCCAGCCCUGCGGGGGCGAGGUCAUCUCCUGCCUCUCCGUCAGUGACUCGGGCACGUUUCUGGGGCUGGGCACUGUGACAGGCUCGGUUGCCAUUCACGUCGCCUUCUCGCUGCAGGCAGCUUCCCCGUGUGGCUGCUGCUGCUGCUCUGCACUGGCCUGGUGGUGGCCACCAUCCUGCUGCUGCAGCUGGCCUUCCCCGGCUUCCUGUAGGCGUGAGGAACCCUGCGGGGACAGCAAGAGACUCUGCCCCUCGGGGCCGUCGCCUGCCUGGUCCGGCCCGGCUCUGCCCCCGGGACGUGAAGCAGCUCAGAGACCUGCAGCCCCCCCAGCCCCACAGCGGGUGCUCCUGCUCAGGGCCUGGCCCCGGCCCUGCCUGCCCAUGGUGGGGAUGUGCGUGCCGGGUGUCUCCCUGCAUGGGACGGGUGCUGCCUGAGCUCUCGGGAACGGUAAGAUGCUCUGGGUGCGGGAGAGCCCAGUCUGUGCCAGUCGCCCCAUGACGCCCGUCCAGCGACGUGCCAGCAGUGUCUACCCGUGCUCCUGCUGCAGCUCGCUGGCUGCCAUUAAAACUGGAGUCUGA